AAAGUUCUUCUUUAUUUUCAGGCUGACAUCCGGGUGAUUCCGUACGGCAGAGGUGAUGACAUGGGCAACACCUUCGUGCCAGCAGGAUACGAGAUCAGUCACAGAUAUCAGUAUGCAGAUGAAGAGGAAGACGAACAAGAUGCCAUGGGACCGAGCAGUGCGUACAGCUACCCUACCGGACUCGGGCCUGUGAUGAUGAAUGGAUGCUUUGGGACAGCCUAUGAACCAGGAGACCCUUGUUACGACUCUAAGAUACCACAGACGAACUGCCCCAGUUUGAUUGACGGAGCGACGUUCCUGGGUGUUGGGUUUGACGGAAGAGGAGAGUACUCAGCUGACUCCAGGAAGAGGAGCAUCAUACAACGGUCCUGUAACAACCUCCAAACGUACGAAGAUUACGAGGUGCCUGACUCCAUGACAGUUCAAGGCGUUUACGACACAGACGUCGAGUCCAACACCUUUUCCUCCAUGGAGGGAUACAGGCAGUACCUGGAACAGAAGGCCGCCGUCACUUCAGCCACAGCCAUGUUCCAAGAGGAGCUGAACAAGGCGUCCGGGUACGGCGCAGUGGGAGGAGCGUUCGGACUUGGUUGGUCAGCGGGAGGAGGAGCCGCCAGUCAGAACGGUGGACGCUCCGAGUCGUCGAACUUCGAAGCGCGUUCCAGAGCUGAAGGCGGGGUGGAACAGACAAACAAGCAGACGUUCAUGGCAAUGUUGGAGAUCAAUGUACUCAGGUAUGAGAUAUUUAUGGACGACGUGAAGCCUGCCGACCUGAACCUGGCCUUCCUGUGGGACUUCCUGAGGCUUCCGGUGUCUUACUUCUCCAUCGGCGCUGACACCAAGUUCCAAAACUUCAUUCUUCGGUACGGAACUCACUACAUUCAGUCGGCAAAGUUCGGCGGACAACUGAAGAUCAUCAAGACCAAGGAGGCCAGCUCGGACCUCUCGGUCCAGGCGUUCUCGGAGAGAGCUCAGACGGACUGGAAGAAGACCUUCAGCACCUUCUCUGCAGAAGCCAGCAUGACCAAGUCCAGCAGCUGGUUCCACAAGCAUGAGACCAAGGAGGAAUCCGAUAAUUCUGAAGGAGAGGCUAGCCAAGACACAGAGAAAACUUCCCAAGAUUCUCAAACUGAGCAGACGAGUUCGUUUGAGUUCAGCAACGAGUUGAUGGUGGUCCAGGGAGGUGACCAACAGAUCGCCGCAGCCAUCACCGAGAUGUACACCUCCUCCCUCAACACGGAGCUCAAAGCCUGGCUCGACUCCAUCAAGGACUACCCGAAAGCCUUCUCGUUCGUGAUGAAGCCCAUAACGGCUGCACUGGACAUCAACUUCAACUCGCUGUUUCCCAACGGUGACGUGGACUUCGGCUGCCUGGGACAGAGUGACCUGGAAGUGGAAAAUGGAACAGGCCGACACUACUAUAUCCAGGAGAAGACUGUGACAACGGUUGACAACGAGACUCGGGAGGUAUCAGAGAUUCGGUACUGCGACUUCAAGAAGAAGGAAGAACUUGCGGAGAAAGCAACCAAGAGGAGGUUGGCCCUUGGACGGGCGAUCACUGUUUACCUGGAAGAAGGUCCCGUCUUGAGCACGGACUUCUUGUUGUCCGCUGGAGAGCCCGGGUGUGAAACCGCCACCCUGGCUUACCUGGACGGCAGCAACAGCGGCGCCCCGACUUGGGACGAACUGGUCAGCGGGGACGAGUUCACCAUCAUCUUCGACAUGCCGUACGGCAUCAGCAGCAUUCUCCAGGCCUGGGAGAUGAUGACGGUCAAGUUUAAGAACAACCGUUGGUUCUCCUUCAGGACCGGGGAAACGCCGCAUCUGUACGAUGGCUAUGACAACGGGGGUAGCAACGACGUCAAUGGACAUAAGGUCAGCGUCCAGGGACUUGUAAUGACGUAUGACGAGGAGACGGGAGUGUUCACAGUGACAGAAAGCGACUUUGAAGCAUCAAACGCCAGCGUGCCGGCCCUGCCUGGCUGGGUGGAGGGACUGCAAGUCGCCAGGGCGGAGUACCACUCACUGCUUCAGCACCUAAGCAGGCAAAGCUCUACGACAGGUGACGCACCUUGUAACAUCAAGUGGUCCAAUGCUCACCGCCUUGACCCAACCAACGGUGGGAAGUGUGUCCACUUCACCAUCGCGUCGCAGGGCGACAUCUUUGUCGUGUUCGCCGGAAUUCCGCGGAAACACGAGACCUGGCUGUACGUACAGAUAUCGCCAGAGGGCGUCGCACUCUACAAGUCUAUGCGACUGCUGACAACACAGCUUCAAGAUGGCGCCAGUAGUCUGGGAUCUUCCAACCUGUACCAGUCGUACUUCGUCUGCGUAACGGAAGAUACCAUUAGCGGCGUGACAACCAUACAGUACGGCAAGACGCCUGAUAACGAGGAGCGGCCCCACGUCUGGUUAGACUUUGAGAUCGACGAGAUCCUGAGUCUUCAGUAUUACGCGUUUGGCAGUGGGAUGUACCCGGUCAAGGUUAUGGGAGUGUCUAUCAUAGAUCAACCGGCGCAAGACUUCAUCGUCUGCCGAGAGGGAACGAGAAAGGACCACGGGAGGUGCUCGCAGCAGUGUCACGAGGAGUGUGAUGGGUGUAGGACGACCGGAUCUGACUCGCCGACAGACUGUAUAGCAUGCAAACACUACAGUGUUGGAUUCCCCUACAUAGAAGGGAAAAUCGGUUCCUUCACAUGCGUGGCUACCUGUCCGGAACACAUGGAACUGGCUACUGACACCAACAAGUGUACCUGCAUAAAACAGAUGGAAGAAAGCGGUGAUGGAGGAACUGUGACCUGUGUGACGGAAUGCCCGCUCACCCACUAUGACGAUGGAAAUGUGUGCAAAGUGUGCAGUACCUUCUGCGAAGAUGUGAGUGGCAGCGGAUCACAAGUUUGCACAGGGCCUUACAGUGGUGACUGUAGUGUCUGCCGGUACACCACUUCGGAUGGUGACUGCUUGGAAGGCUGCAGCCCGGGCCAAAAGGCUGUUGCACAAGACGAAGGUGGGUUCAGGUGUGACCAGUGUCAGCCUGGUCAUAAGUGUGUGAGAGGAGACGAGAUGGAGGAAAUCUGCCCCGCGGGGACCCACAGCAGUCCGGAGAGAACCAGCUGUCUGGAAUGUGCAGCCGGCCAGUUCAGCAGCUUAGGAUCACAGUACUGUCAGGAGUGUCCUGCUGGCAAGUACAGCGCGAACAGCGGGGCCAGCAGCUGCGAAGCUUGUCCUUCCGGACAGUACAGCUCCGGCAGCGGGUCCAGUAGCUGUCAGGUCUGUCCAGCCGGACAGUUCAGCACAAGUGCCGGGUCCACGAGCUGUCAAGAUUGUCCAGCCGGACAGUACAGCGCAAGUGGAGGGGCCAGUAGCUGUGACGACUGUCCCGCAGGGCAGUACAGCGCGGAUGCAGGGUCCACGAGCUGUCAAGUUUGUCCAGCCGGACAGUUCAGCACAAGUGGAGGGGCCAGUAGCUGUGACGACUGUCCCGCAGGGCAGUACAGCACGGAUGUAGGGUCCAGUAGCUGUGAGGCUUGUGCUGAAGGAUACAACAGCGAAGAAGGAGCUACAGAGUGUUAUGACGUGGACAACUGCUCUCCCAACCCCUGUCAAAACAACGGAGUUUGCACCGAACAGGGCGUUAACUCGUUCAUCUGCGCCUGUCAGACUCAGUACCGAUACACGGGUGACAGAUGCCAACUACGUUGCCCAGUCUACUUCAGGCCACUCGGCACAGAAUGCUUCCGUCUCGGGGAGUCUUCCCGGACGUACCUAGAAGCCAGGAGUGCAUGUGCGAAUGUACAGUCCCUACUCGCCAUGCCCAAGGACGAAGCAACAAACACAUUCAUCGCCAACCUCAUCCAUGACAGUCAAAGAUCUGGCGGCAGGUACUGGAUCGGCCUGAACGACUUGGAUAGGCCAGGCGGACAGUAUGACGAGUGGACGUGGGAGGAUAACACUUCUCUCGGGUCCGGAUGGAAGAACUGGAGUCCGGGGAAUCCAAGCAGCGGGAGUGAGCGGUGUGCGCAUUUUGUCCCGUCCAGCGAUGAGUGGAACGAUAACAUCUGCGAAGCUGAACUGUUAUAUGUAUGCCAGAAGAGUCUCGUGUGAAGUCCAACAGCUUGGAUCUAGUCGAGGAAGGUGUGAAGGUCUCAGAACACAGUUUUUCGCCUAUGGAAAUUUACAUGGUUAAGGACCCUAAAGUGAGGAGGUUCGACGCCUCAAAAUUUAUAGGAUGGUGUAAAAAUAAUUUACAGAAAUAAGAGUAUGUUGAAGUUCUGAGAACAAUCUACCAAAUAUCUCAAAAUGAGCGUAGAUUUGCAGGCUGGUUCUUCUAUAAAAGCCACAUUUAUUUAACCCCCAGUGGAGGUCAUGGAACAGUAGCCGACACACAGACAGAACACAGUAACUAUUAUAUAAGGUCAUAAAUUCACGCCGAACGAAGAAACAUCGUAAUCCAACAUGUACAGUCUGAAAACAGAUAUAUUCCCCUGUCAUUCAGCACAGUUUCCUCCUCGCUGUUGUACACCGUGAGAAGAAUGAACUACAGCGUCAAGUACUGUGACGCACUACUUUAUGCCCGAACUACUGUUGGAUGAACACUGCAUUCUGAGACCUUGAAGUGCGCCGAGUGCGACCCUACACUGUUCCUAGUGUUCAUACACAGACGUGACGUAUUGGAUAGCUAUAGAAAAAAAUAGCAAGCGGCCUGAAACUCUCCAAGCAUAGGUUUUUAAAGGGGUAUUCUACUCCAGAAGCGUGUGUUAUCUUCUGAUAGAUGAUAUUUUUUGCAAUACAAAUGCACCCGAUUUUUCGCGCAAUCGCCUCAUAUGUCUCUUCGACAAAAUCAUUUUCAAAUUCCAAGCACCCCCAUACGGACCCGCUUCUAAUGUCCUGCGCUGUAUGAUUUUGCUUGCAUAACUGACUUCCGUCACACGUUCUCGCUAACGGUAGUCGGAAUAAGCUUUAAGAGGCAGUCAAACGGCUAUCACACAUUUAGGGAGAUACAGAAAAAGUUUGAAGAUUAUAUCAUCUUAGGACACAGGUAUUUGGAUACUUAAAAUAG